AUGUGCUAUAACGGACCAAGGAUGACAAAGAAAAUAGGAUACCGAGACUGGAGAUGGCAGGCUCUUUGGUGGCAUCAUUUCUUUCUCUUGUGGACUACAAUAGACGGACAGAUUCGUUACAGCAUCCCGGAGGAACUAAAACAGGGCUCUGUGGUAGGAAAUCUAGCCAAAGAUCUGGGUUUAGGAUUAUCUGACAUUUUUGAUCGUAAACUGCGAGUCGCCUCUGAGGCUGGUGAGCAGUAUUUCAGUGUGGAUGCGGGGAAGGGCGAGCUGGUGGUGAAUGACAGAAUAGACAGAGAGGCUUUAUGUGGACAAAGCGCCAGCUGUGUUCUACCUCUCCAAGUAGUUGCUGAAAAUCCUUUGCAGUCUCAUCGAAUUGAAAUAGAAAUAAGAGACAUAAAUGACAAUUCACCACAUUUUCUUACACAGGAGAUAAACCUUAAAAUACCAGAAUCAGUUGCGCUUGGCAAACGCUUUCCUUUGGAGAGCGCAGAGGACCCAGAUGUUGGAAGCAAUUCUUUGAAAACCUACUCUCUAAGCAAAAACGAUUAUUUUUCUCUCAAAUUUAAAGACACAAAAAACGGAAAAGCCGUCCCAGAAUUAGUGUUAGAAAAGCCAUUAGACCGAGAAAAGAAUGCUCUUCAUCAGCUGCUGUUAACAGCAUUAGAUGGAGGAAACCCAGUCACCUCGGGAACGUGUAAGAUCACUAUCACUGUACUUGAUAUAAACGACAAUUUUCCAGUGUUCGAUGAAAAUGAAUACAAAGUCUCUUUAAAGGAGAACAGCACCAAAGGAACAUUUGUUAUUAAACUUACAGCUGCAGAUGCUGACGAUGGUCUUAAUGGUGAAGUUAAAUAUGCUUUUGGGUCCCGCACUCCAGACUUUGUGUUAUCAACAUUUGAAAUCAACGACAUGACAGGUGAAAUUGUAUUAAAAGGAAUAUUAGAUUAUGAAAGCUAUAGAUCAUAUCUUAUCGAUAUAACUGCUAAAGAUAAAGGCGUCCCCGAAAUGGAGGGUCACUGUCGUGUACAGCUGGACGUAGAGGACAUAAACGAUAACGCUCCAGAAAUUGUGCUCACUUCAAAACCCAGUCCAGUACGCGAGGACGCGCCAAGUGACACAGUUGUGGCUUUAAUCAGUGCACGAGACCUCGAUUCCGCUAAUAACGGUAAAGUGAAACUACAGCUGCCCAAACAUUCUCCUUUCACUCUUAAACCAUCAUUUUCUAAUAAUUAUGAACUGGUUACCAGUGGUCCUUUAGACAGAGAGAGUUUCGCAGAGUAUAAUGUCGAGAUAACUGCCACUGAUUCAGGCUCUCCUCCUCUGUCCAGUAAAAAAACUAUACCAGUCAGCAUCACUGAUGUGAAUGACAACCCUCCUGUAUUCACUCAGCCCUCCUACAAUGUAUAUUUAAAAGAGAAUGGGGUACCAGGAUCUAUACUGUGCUCAGUAUCAGCCUCUGACCUGGAUUUUGGUGAAAAUGCUAAAAUCUCUUACUCUAUACUGGACUCUAAAGUGCAGGACGUUUCUGCCUCGUCGUAUGUUUACAUUAACUCAGAUAACGGCAGCAUCUACAGCAUGCACUCGUUUGACUAUGAGAAACUGAAGGUGUUUCAGAUUCAGGUUCAGGCAAAGGAUCAGGGCUCUCCGUCUCUCAGCAGCAACGCCACUGUCCAUGUUUUUAUCCUGGACCAGAACGACAACGCCCCCGUUGUUAUUUACCCCUCCUCCGCUGCCCUGGGCUCCCUCUCUCAUCAGAGGAUGCCCCGCUCCGCUAAAGCGGGUCACCUGGUUACUAAGGUGACGGCCGUGGACGCUGACUCGGGCCAUAACGCCUGGAUCUCCUACAAACUGGCGGAGGCCACAGACGCCUCUCUGUUCACUGUCAAUCUGUACACAGGGGAGGUGAGGACUAAACGCGCUGUGUCCGAGCAGGACGACACCUCUCAGAGGCUGCUUAUAGAGAUCAGGGACGACGGGGAACCGGUCCAGUCCUCCACUGCCACGGUGUCCAUCAUGCUGGAGGACGGUCUCCAUGAGCCCAUCUUAGACCUCCGACAGAAAGCGGCCGAGCCCAGCAAGAAAACUGGGAGAAUCACCCUUUAUUUGAUUCUGUCUCUGGCCUCGGUGUCCGUGCUGUCUCUGUUGACUUUUCUCAUCUUAGCGGUUAAAUGCGUCAGGAGCAGCAGAAGCAGCGGUAGCUGCUGCAUGAGACGGACCGACUGUGAUGAUUACAAGAACCCCAAUAGAAACCUGCAGAUUCAGCUCAACACUGAUGGACCUAUAAAGUACGUGGAGGUCCUGGGAGGAGACAUGUUGUCUCAGAGUCAGUCCUUCAGGUCCUGCAUGUCUCCAAUGUCAGAGUACAGUGAUUUCACUCUGAUUAAGCCCAGCAGCACCACUGACUUUAAGGAGGUGAUCAGUGUCCUGGAUGCGUCUUUACCUGACAGCACCUGGACCUUUGAGAGCCAGCAGGUGAGCAGACAGUAA